AUGGUGGCUGAAGAGAAUUUGAGGUCUGAAGAGAACGACUGCAAGAAAUUGCGUUAUCUUGGCGUAUGCCAACUGAUAACAUUCUUCAUCACGGUGAUUGUAUUCACCGAUGUGCAUAUACGUUUGACCGUACUGGAGGAUAGUUGUGUCCGACAGGCCGCGUCCAUGGAAGCAGAUUCUGAAGCAAUCAGAUAUCGACGCUCUGCAGUCAGCCAUUUGCCCUCCAGAGCCAUCAGCACGCCUCGCAGUGAUGUGUGGGUGCAUUCACUUUCUAAAAUCAAGGUCAACGAACUGCUCAACAAAUGCCUUGAAAUUCAUAAGUAUUGCACAGAUGCAGCGAGCACGGAGCGUGGGCCACCAGGUCCUGUAGGGCCACCUGGAAUACGUGGGAACCCCGGUCAGAUAGGACCACCAGGUCGGCGUGGAUUGAUGGGAAUACCAGGGCCUCCAGGACCACAAGGUCCACCUGGUCCGUCUGGAAAACCUGGAAUAUGUCCGAAGUGUCCUGUGGCACAGAAUUAUGAAGUUCAAAAGAAGACUGAAUGUCCAAAAGCUGAGCCAAUGGAAUGUCCACAGAAGGUGACACUGGAUGGUGAAGGAGGACCACGAUUUGUGGAUAAGCCAUUGCCAUUCUUUGUUGAAAUGUUAUUAUACAAUGAAACGGAUUUAGCAACAGAAAUUGAAGGCUGUGUGCGCAUAUGCCUAUCAAAUCUAACCACUGUGCCACCGGAGGUUUCGACAGUACCAACCAGCACUGAAAUACCUUACAUUGAGGGUGUAACUGCCCAUUGCUAUUUGGAAAACGUUGGUAAGCCGAUAUUCCAUGCACACUCAAACACAUACUUUGGCUCAUGGAUGCGUGACGCUUAUCCAAGAACUGGCGAGGAUAUGAUGAAGCGUUGGUUGACGAAUCAUUUCCAAGGUGAUACUAUUGAAGAAUAUUUAGAUGAAGCUGAUAUGAGAAGGGAGCGUGUUUAUGCCACACAUCACCUGCCAUAUCUGUAUGAUGGUACAAAUUCGGUGUUCUUCAACGGAUCGUUCUAUUUCCAUCGAGCUGGUACGCCGAAAAUUGGUAAAUAUGAGCUGUAUUCGAAGAGAUACAAUGAAGUGCUUAUCAACGAGAAUGCGGCUCACAGAGGCAACAAUUAUCUAUUUAACUUAUCGAUGAAUUACUUCGAUUUGGCCGUUGAUGAGAAUGCUUUGUGGGUGCUCUUCCAUUAUGAAGAUGCCGAUCAUCUGAGUGUUUCAAAACUUGAUAUCAACAACCUAACCAUUUACGAGACGUGGAAUCUUACUUUAAUCAAUCAUACUGAGGUUGCGAAUGGUUUCGUGGUUUGUGGAGUCUUAUAUUUGGUGUCUAGCUCAUAUGAGCUCAAGUCCGAUAUCUCGAUUGCAUACGAUUUUUAUCGUGACAAAUAUCGAAAACCAAACAUUCGCUGGGUGAAUUUGUAUCGAAAUGCAAACAUGAUGUCAUAUAAUCCGUAUGACAAGCGUAUCUACAUCUAUGACCAUGGUUAUUUGUUGACGCUUCCGGCAAGAAUUACGUGGCGAGCAAAAUAG